AUGUUAGAAAAUGGGACAUGGUGGUUUAUUUCUUUUAUAGGGGAGUCGACUCCUGAAGAUAUUACAAACGAGACUAAUUACUGGUAUAAGUUAUUUCAAUUGGGACUACCGGGGCUAUUGGUAUCCGACAUAAUCAUACUAUUUAUUCAAUUGGUACUUUUACAAUGUAUAUAUAAACAAUCAACAGUCUCACCAAUAGGUAGGUCAUUGAAUGAAGACGAGAUUAAUCUUAUAAGACAAGCUGGUGACUUUUCUUCAAUUCCAGAUAGAGCAAAAAUUUUUGGAGGUUCCGUUCCAUGGAUACUACUGAUUAAACUUUAUGAAUUGUUCGAAAGGAAGUCAUUUACGGAGUUUUAA